UGCACAAGUCGCGAAGAAAACAACAUUUUAGUGGUCAAUUUCAUGCGGCUGGUCCGCGUGAAGGUUUUUUUGUAAAGGACUAUUUUAUCAUUUGAAGGGGUUUUAAUAACCAUGUCUGAAGCUGAGUCGGUUCGGGUGGCAGUGAGGGUCCGUCCUUUCAAUCAAAGGGAGAAGGACCAUGGAGCCAAAUUAAUUAUUGAUAUGCAAGGACAGCUUACAACAAUUAAAAACCCAGAGACACCUAGUGAGGAACCAAAAAAGUUUUCCUUUGACUUUUCUUACUGGUCUCAUGAUGGAUUUACUGAGAGAGCUGACGGGGUGCUGGAGCCGACAGCUGGUUCUAAAUACGCUAGCCAACCCAUUGUUUUCAAGGAUUUGGGCCAGGGGGUACUGGACAAUGCCUUUGAAGGUUACAACUGCUCUCUAUUUGCCUAUGGUCAGACGGGCUCUGGGAAGUCGUAUUCUAUGGUGGGAUAUGGGAAUAAUAAGGGUAUUGUUCCAAUGACCUGUGACAAACUCUUUCAAGCAGUGAAUAAUAAUAGUGAUCCCAACAAGAGGUUUGAGGUCUCCUUCUCUAUGUUAGAGAUUUACAAUGAGCAGGUGAGAGAUCUUUUGUCCAAAGACAAACCAAAAGGUGGCCUUCCAGUCAGGCAGAACCCCAAGAUGGGCUUUUUCUAUGUCCAGGGAUUAAAGAGGGCUCCAGUAGGCAGUUAUGAGGAUAUUGAAGCACAGAUUGAUAAAGGCACUGCCAAUAGAACCGUGGCGUCCACCAACAUGAAUGCCACCAGUAGUCGCGCCCACACCGUGGUCACCAUCACCUUUGACCAGAUCAUCAAGGACCCCACUGGACAGGAGAAGAAGAAAAGCAGUGAGAUGAACUUGGUGGAUUUGGCAGGUUCUGAGAGGGCCGAAAGCACAGGAGCAACAGGAGACAGACUGAAAGAGGGCGCCAACAUCAACAAAUCACUGUCUGCUCUUGGGAACGUCAUUUCUGCUCUGGCUGAUUUGUCCAUGGGGAAGAAGAAGGUGAUGGUGCCUUACAGAGACUCUGUCCUCACCAAACUACUGCAGAAUGCACUCGGAGGAAACAGUAAAACCAUCAUGAUAGCUGCCCUGUCCCCAGCUGAUAUAAACUAUGAUGAGACGUUAAGUACGCUGAGGUACGCUGACAGAGCGAAAAAGAUCAAAAACAAGGCUGUCAUCAAUGAAAACCCCAUGGACAAGUUGAUCAGAGAGUUAAAGGAAGAGAAUGAGCGUCUGAAGAAACAGAUGGAAGGUGGCGGUGGUCCCAUAGCAGGUGGUGUUGGCAUGACUGCGGAAGAAAUUGAGAAAUACAAAGAAGAAAUCAGACUGGAGAUGGAAGAAAAUAUGAAAAAGAUGGGAGGCAUGAGUUGGGAUGAACAGGUGAAACAGAGCAGACAGGAGGCCGAGACAGAUUCGGGAGGAAAGGCAACCUCCAACAAAAAGAGUACAGUUUCCCACUUUGUCAAUCUGAAUGAAGACCCCAUGCUCUCUAGCAAAGUCUACUACUUUCUUGAGAAACCAGAGGUCACAAUUGGACGCAAAGAUGCCGAGCCCAUGCCAGAUAUCUGUCUCAGUGGAUUGAGCAUAAUGAAACAGCAUGCUGUCGUCACUAACUCUGGAGGUGAUUAUGAAAUCAAGCCUGGCGCCAAGGGGGCCAAGAUCAAAGUGAAUGGAAUGCCUCUGACGGGACCGCGCCCCCUGGCACACAAAGACAGGGUGUUGUUCGGCUCCAAUCACAUGUACGUGUUCUACAAUGCACAGAAACCCAACGCCCCUGAGGGCACACCCCCGGAUUCAAAACUAGACUGGGAGUUUGCUCAGAAGGAGAUUGCUCAGGCUAAAGGUUUUGCUACUGGAUCUGGUGCAGGAUUAUCCAAAGAACAACAGAUCGCCCAGGAGCAAGUGUUGGAGAUUUUGCCGAUGGUGACAGAAGUCAAUGCUAUCUCUGAGGAGCUGGAUAAACACAGGUCCUUCGAGGUUGUUCUUAUUUCCUCGGCAGCACAAGAGGGAGGUGUGGCUGGUAACAAGGGAACUUCUGGUGAAGCUGGGAUCAGAGUGAUGGUGAAAAUGAAGAACCUGUUGAAUGGAAACACUUGGUUGUGGGAGAGAGGGAAGUUCAUGAACAGACGAUAUCUGGCUCAGGAGCUCUACCAGAGGUUCCUGGAUGGAGAAGACGCUGCCGUCAAAAACCUGCCAAAGGAGGAAGAUCCAUUCUGGGAGCCAACGGAGGAUGUUCUCAUUGGAACAGCCAAUGUAUUUCUCCAGUCCCUGGGUUACGCCCUGGACUUCGAGGACACGCUGACCGUGACAGACUACAAGGGCCAGGAGGAAGGCACCAUCAUGGUAGUUGUGGCUCCAUGUAAUGCUAAAGGAAAUGACUUGGAUGACGAUUCCUUUGUGGAUUCUCCCGAGGAUUUACUUGGGAAACCUUACCAUUAUAAGGUAACUGUACAAAAAGCCGAAGUUCACAAAGCAAGGUUCUCCAAGGGAGUACGAAUCAAGUACAAAGUCCCAACCGUUCAAGGCGAAACUGAAGAAUACACUGAGACCCCAAUGGUCCGAGGGUCCCUCAGUCCUGUGUUCAACCACAGUAAAGUUUUCUCAAUACCAGUUAUAACACAGGAACAUUUAGAUAACUUUGAAACCAAGUGUAUCACUCUUAUGAUGUAUGGGCUGCAAGAGGAUUCCACACCUGAUCCCAAACUUAUGAAAAUGACAACAAAGGAAUUACGUCAGAUGGAAAACAUGACCAGUCCUCAGUCAGAGAUGCACAGGCGGAAUACCACGUUUGGUCUGGACCCAGAACGAGACCAGAGCGCUCUCUUGAAGUCUGAGUACCAGUUGGUUCUGAGGAAAUAUGAACGGCUGGAACAGAAGGAACGGAGAUUACAGCAAAUGUGUGAGGAAUGGGGCAACAAAAAACCAGAAGAACAAGACUUUUUGGCAUUCCACCGGGCAGUUCACGCCCUAGCCCACAGCACUGGGACCAAACUCAAGACCAGGGUCCAGAUGUUGAAUAAGGUUAUACAAGCACACAAGACCUAUGAAGCUAACUCCUCUGAGAAUUCAAAAAGUAAUAUAAAACAAGCAGAUGAUACGAUCAGUCUGUUUGUGUUUGGAGAGGAAGAGAAAGAUUUUGUGGCAGAAGCUCGUGAAAAUGAUGGGUUUGUGGACUAUGAAAAUUUAACCAAACAUCAUGGUGAAAAUGGAUUAGCUCAGAUAUCAGAAAAUAAAGCCAAAAUUAACGAAGUUUUACAUGGGAUUAAGGCGUUAGAAGAACAGUCACAGCAAUCACAGGCAAACCACAGUGACUUACUCCAGGCUCAGAGGGCAGUACAGAAUGGAAACAAGGGUGCGGUAAAAAGUGGGAAAACUGGAGAAGAAGUGGGAAAAAGCAGAGCAUGUGUUAUACAGUAAAAAAAAAGAUAGAUAUAUUUGAUUGAAGAAUGAACUGCACCUGUAGUGAGCGAUUUGAGAAUAACCUUCACCCUUUGAUGACCUUGAGAAAUUUCUUUGUGUCUUUUAUCAGAAAUGGUUGAAGAAAUCUGUGAUUUCACUUUUGUAUGUGGAGGUUCUUUCUGUGGAGGUAUUUUUUUUUUCAUAAAGUUACAUAUAUAUAAAUAUGAUGCCAUUAUAUGCACAAACUUUUGAACAGAUGCCAGAGCUAUGAGAUGUGAAUAAAUUGAGAAUAUGUAUACUUGUUGACUGUAUGUAGGUCUGCUUUACUUUACCUUGUGUAUAAAAUCUCAUAUAUUCCCAUAAGUUAAUUAACCUGAUGAAUUUUGAAGUGAUGUGAUCUUUAACAACUUCUUGUCUUAUUCUUAACUCAUAUCUCUUAUAAACAAUGAACCAAAGAAAUGCAAUUGCUAUCGAGAACAGAAUUAUUCUCUUAUUCUAGGUAUCUUAUUUGUUCAGUAGAACUAUAACCAUUCCAAUGUAUAUUUUUACAUGUCUUAGAAUUUUCCUAUAUACUUUAAUAUAUGGAAGAUCACUACAAUGCACUUUGUAAAUAUUUAUGCAUUUAUCUCUUUUCGCAUUAUCAUGUAUAACCUUUGGGUGUAGAUUAUAUUUUGAUAUAUUGCAAUUUGAUCAUGUGGAUUGUGAUGAGGAGGAUGAUGAAGAAUUUAGCACUUAUUUGUUUAAAAAAAAAAGGAGACUGGUAUUGCUCAGUUGUGUUGUGAUACGUUUUUAAUGUACGUGUACCUAUAUUGUUGUAGUGUUUAACAAUAUUAUAAUAUAUUCAGCGAUAUGCAGGGUCUCAGAUAUAUUCAGAUUAUCUCUUUUAUUAUUUUUAAAUAAUUUUAUGCACAUAAUUUGUGAUCAUUUCAGUGCAAAGUUUAUCAGGAAAAGCAUGGUGUUCAGUGUUUUCAAAACUAUCAGUGUGUACCUUAGUCGUAAUACGUUGUAAGCCUCUUUAGCUGCUGAAGCUGCAUCUUCCUCUUUUAUUGCAUCUUCCUCUUAUGUGUGGAUGAUUUUGUCCACAUUGAAUUAAGAUGACCUGUGUAUGCUUGGUAUUUCAUUUCAGGUCCGUCCAGUUUUUUAAACAAGGUAACUUUACCAUAAGGCUGUGUUCUAGAUCUUAUUUCUCUAUUGAUCUGAUACUUAAUGAGCAUCAUUUGCAAUUUUUUGGUGACACUUUUUGUAUUCAGAGUCCAAUGUACAUAAUUCCUUUUACUGAUUUUUUUCCUCAGUGGUUCUGUAAUAUAAUAUUCUCUCUCUUAUGCCAGAUAAAUUAUUUUCUAUUGUUAAAGCUGCUGCUAAAAAAUCAAAGGCUUUGUAGACUUACAUGUGAAAAAAUGCACUUCUUGCUACAAAUUGGAAAAAGUGCAAUUAGACUUACAGACAAGGUAAAAUUAUUUCAAACUGCACUUUUUUGUGUAAUUUGUUUUAAUUUUUCAGUCUGUUUUCACCAUAUGAUAUUACCAGCUGUUAAAUGGAUUAUUAUUAACCAACGGUUCACAAUGUGCAUUGGGAAUUUAAAAGUUACUAGUUACAGAAAUUUAAGUUUUUUUGUUAAAAUGAUGCAGCACAUCAGAAAUCCCGUCCAAUUUUCUGCUAAGAUGUACAUAUUAUCUAAUAAUGCAGCAUUAAUUUUACAUUUUUUUUUAUAAAUCAAAUUUUAUUUCUGUGAUUUUCACAUGAAAUAGUGACCAGAUCAUUUUACUUUUGUAAAUUAUGCAGAAUGGAUUAUUAUAAUACUAAAUAAAGCUUGAUUGUACAGCACGUGUUCAGCAUU